AUCGCUGGUGACCGUUUUGGGUGGUCGACAUCGGGGGAACCAUCCGUCCAGUCUUAUUGAGAACUACUCUACAGCCAUUCGACUUCAUUACACAUCAACCGUCCAAGCCGAGACGUCAUCGUCGGUCCCAACCGCAGCCAUGUCGCGGGUCUACGCCGAAGUCAACCAGAACAUGCCCAGAAGCUAUUGGGAUUACGAUAGCGUCAACAUCAGCUGGGGUGUUCUGGAGAACUACGAGGUCGUUCGCAAGAUCGGCCGCGGUAAAUACUCCGAGGUGUUCGAGGGCAUCAACGUCGUCAACUACCAGAAAUGCGUCAUCAAGGUCCUGAAGCCUGUUAAGAAGAAGAAGAUCAAGAGAGAAAUCAAGAUCCUCCAGAACUUGUCCGGUGGCCCCAAUAUCGUUGCACUCUUGGACGUUGUUCGGGACAGUCAGAGCAAAACGCCAUCCCUGAUCUUCGAGAACGUCAACAACACCGACUUCCGCAGCCUGUACCCCAAGUUCAAUGACAUUGAUGUCCGCUACUACAUCUUUGAGCUCCUCAAGGCGCUCGAUUACUGUCACAGCAAGGGCAUUAUGCACAGAGACGUCAAGCCUCAUAACGUUAUGAUCGAUCAUGAGAACCGAAAGUUACGUCUUAUCGACUGGGGCCUGGCUGAAUUCUACCACCCCGGCACGGAGUACAACGUGCGCGUUGCUUCCCGAUACUUUAAGGGACCAGAGCUGUUGGUGGACUUUCAAGAGUAUGAUUACAGUCUAGAUAUGUGGAGUUUGGGCGCCAUGUUUGCCUCCAUGAUUUUCCGCAAGGAGCCCUUCUUCCACGGCCAAAGCAAUUCCGAUCAGCUUGUCAAGAUUGCAAAGGUCCUAGGCACCGACGAUCUCUUUGAUUACCUUGACAAGUAUGAGAUCGAGCUUGAUCCGCAAUACGAUGACAUCCUUGGUCGCUUCCAAAAGAAGCUGUGGCACAGUUUCGUCACCACUGAGAACCAGAGAUUCGUGAGCAAUGAGGCUAUUGACUUCUUGGACAAGCUUCUCAGAUAUGAUCACCAGGAACGUCUUACUGCAAAGGAGGCUAUGGCACACGCGUACUUUGCGCCCAUCAGGGACGAGGCGACUUUGAAGAACUACCUGGGAGGUGCAGUGGUUAGUUCAGAGUCGUGAAGAACGGGUCUAACUGGUCCUCUGCCAAACUUCUCUGCUUGAUCAUCCCAAUUCUG